AGGGCGGCCAUCUUGCCUCUUCUCGCUCAGGCAGGGAGAGAGUGGAAGUGAGGACGGAAAGGAAGCCCAGCGGGGAGGAACAAACCUCGGAUGUUUGUUUUCAUUCGGUCCGAGAUAACUCACCCGAAGCAUCCACCUCCGCACUGAGAGAAAUCUGCUGGCUCGUGUUUGCGGUUUGUGGUUUUCCUCCUGGUUUGGAAACCCGCUCCCAUCAAACCAGUCGGGCUGUUAGCUGCGGAGCUAAGCUAACGGAUAGCCGGGCUAGCUAGCUGUUCGCUGACCGAGCUGCGGUCGUCAGCGGCGGAUUGGGGACUGCAGCGUCGCUCGGUAACGUCUCGGCCGGUGGUGGAGGGCUGUUUUCCAGGCAUGGACUCUGAUCCCGGGUCACAACACCAACACCUCGUUCGCAGCAGCAUGUUCUUUGAUUAUUUACCUGCUGAUAUGUUGUGAACACACGGAUUCAACUUUUGUUUCUAUGUGACGCUCAGCUCGGAGAAAAAGUGGAAGGUUUUUAUAAAUAAAGGCAGGAAUCUGGAGCAGCUAGCUAAAGUCGGAGCUCAAGCUAAUCCCGCUUUGGAAAUCAGCGCUAAUCGAUGGAAUUGUCGUGUUUGACGCCUGGGAAGAAGACUGUUUAUCUACUCGACACUGUCAGAUGCCAACUGCAUUCCUGCCAAUGACAUUUGGUUUUAUUACACCGUGAAUCAGCCCGUUCAGCUGCUUUGAUCCCGGUGAACAGAGCUGAAAGUCAGCUGAUGUUAAAUGGCUGUAGCCUCCUGCUAACACAUCCACCUCUCUGACCGGGCCGGGCCUCACACAAACGGGUUGUAUCUGCAGAUUCACCUCAUUUCACGGCGGAUUCACGUGUCACAUUUUGUCACGGUGAACCGUCAAAGUCGGGUCUGAAUCAGGUGCAGUGGCCGGGACAUGCUGCAGGUGCUCCGUGUCCACCAUAAGAAGCAGCGCUAGUUUAAAGGGACGCUAAUCCUGCUUGUCUUCGCUUUGGGAUUAAAACUGAAAUUAAGGAUUUUAGUCUUUGGAUCCACAAUGGGAUCAGCGACCAAACUGGCCUUCAGUGUUUUCCUCAUCUCGUGCUCCUCAGGUGCGAUCCUGGGUCGCUCAGACACUCAGACGUGUGUCCACUACAACUACAACCCUUCAUCCUCCUCAUCCUCGUUGGAGAGUCGGGGGAACCUCAGCGGUGUGGUCACCUGCUCCGGAGAGAAAGAUAAGAGGCUUCACUGCUUCGCCACCUGGAAGAAUGUGUCCGGAGUGGUCCAGGUGGUCAAACAGGGCUGCUGGUUGGACGACGUCAACUGUUACGACAGGAGUGAAUGUGUGGAGAAGAAAGAUGCUCCUGAAGUCUUCUUCUGCUGCUGUGAAGGAAGUUUGUGUAACGACAAGUUCUUCUACAGUCCUGACAGCAACCAGCCGCCUAUACCGACGACAAACAAACCAGUGACAACGCCUCCUCCAGUGGUGACGACUCUGAUGUACUCACUGGUCCCCAUCAUGGCCAUCACCGCCAUCGUCCUCUUCUCGUUCUGGAUGUACCGACACCACAAACUGGCCUACCCACCUGUCCUGGUGCCCACACAGCACGCCUUUCAUAUAAUGAUCGAGGACCCUGGCCCCAUGCCCCCCUCCCCCAUCCUGGGCCAGAAGCCGCUGCAGUUACUGGAGAUCAAAGCCAGGGGGCGCUUCGGCUGCGUGUGGAAGGCUCAGCUGCUCGGUGAAUACGUCGCUGUCAAAAUCUUCCCCAUCCAGGACAAGCAGUCGUGGCAGAACGAGUACGACAUCUUCAACCUGAACGGGAUGAGACAUGAAAACCUGCUGCAGUUCAUCGGAGCAGAGAAGAGAGGAAGCAACAUGGACAUGGAGCUGUGGCUCAUCACCACCUACCAUGAGAAGGGUUCUCUGACAGACUACCUGAAGGCCAACGUCCUCUCCUGGUCUGAGCUGUGUCUCAUCGCUCAGUCGAUGUCCCGAGGUCUCGCCUACCUGCACGAAGACAUACCUGGACACAAGGACGGACACAAGCCUGCCAUCGCACACAGGGACUUUAAAAGUAAGAAUGUCCUGCUGAAGUCCAACCUGACCGCCUGCAUCGCUGACUUCGGCCUCGCUCUCAGGUUUGAGGCGGGAAAAUCUCCUGGAGACACUCAUGGACAGGUGGGGACCAGGAGGUACAUGGCCCCCGAGGUCCUGGAGGGGGCCAUUAACUUCCAGAGAGACGCCUUCCUGAGGAUAGACAUGUACGCUCUGGGCCUGGUGCUGUGGGAGCUCGCCUCACGCUGCAAAGCUGCUGAUGGUCCAGUGGACGAGUACAUGCUGCCAUUUGAGGAGGAGAUCGGUCAACAUCCGUCUCUGGAGGACAUGCAGGAGGUGGUCGUCCACAAGAAGCUGAGGCCGACGCUCAGGGAGUGCUGGCAGAAACACGCUGGUCUGGUGCUGCUCUGUGAGACCAUCGAGGAAUGCUGGGAUCACGAGGCUGAAGCUCGGCUGUCGGCCGGCUGCGUGGAGGAACGCGUCGUGCAGAUGCAGCGGCAGGCGAGCGUCACGGCGCCCGAGGAGAUCGUCACGGUUGUCACCAUGGUGACCAACGUGGACUACCCACCUAAAGAGUCGAGCCUAUGACCGGGCCAAGGACCAAUCAGGACGGAGCAGGGACUCCCUCAGUGAGCGUUUUCUGUCUCUGAUUCAGGUGAAGUGGAGCUGGUCAGGUGACCCGGUCAGGUGACCCGCUCGGCGGUCAUGUGACCCGGUGGACAACAUGGCAGAGAGUCUGUUCCUCUCUGCAGGGUGAGCAGCGCUGACCUCCACCCUCUGACAUCAAUUCCUCGUUUUUAUUACAAAAUAAAAGACUUCCUGGACGAACUUUUUCUACGAUAAUGUGACGAUAAAACCGUUUGUUUGGUUUCAGUAUAAAAAAGGGCGACUGUAGUUUUUAGACACACUUGUCUCUCUGAAUGAUGUGAUGCCAAUAAGAAACAGCUUCUGAAUGUCUGUAUCACCGCUGUAUAUAUAUAUACAGAUCAUGACUAUAUAAAUAUAUAUACAGAUAUAUUUCCAUUGUCACCUGAGAGUCAGAGAGAAAAGUUUAUUAAUCAGGUUAUUGAUCAGGACAGAAAGACAAACAUACGAGGAGAAACUUUAAAUUCUGACAUAUAUUAAAGAUUUAAAGGUUUAAUUUAAAUCAAAUCACAGGAAAGAAGUGAAAUAUAACACAGAUCGUAGUGAAGCUGAGAUUACUUUAUUUUAUACACUAUAACGAGAUCACAUGUUAAUUAUCUCCUUAUCUCAGAGUUGUUCUUGUUCUGACGGGUUAGUCAUCCUGUUGUAAAGCUACUUUAUAUUCAUCAUCCUGUAAUGGGAUGAUAUGUUUCAUGAACGAUUCUAAAUUUGUUCAAACUUCAGAAAACGUUGAAAAGGACGAGGAAAAGUUACUCUCACAGUUAAGAAGUCUGAAGGACAGAAAACACAAGAAACACUAAAAACAAGAUCUGAUUGUUUUCAGUCCGUCUGUGAAGAUGUUUUCUGAUAUAUUAUGCACUAAAUUAAAUAUUUAAAAUAUAGCAUUAAAUCAAUAUUGAAAAUAAUGAUUAGUUUCUGUCCAGUUAACCUCACUUUACCCCGACCUUUGUAUAUCUUAAACCCUCCACAGAAUUCGCUCGAAAUUCAUUUUGGAUCUGAAUCAGUAAGACAAUCAAAACACAAUUCUACAUUUUUAUAAACUAAACGUUAAACGUUUUUUCAAUCGUGACCGACUUCAGAUGUUAAUCAGUUUCUCUUCACCACAAACCAAAAGAGCAGAAUCAGCUGAUUGAUGGAUACAGCUGAUCAUCUGUGAGUCUCCAGAUUUGAAUUUAGAUUAAACUCGAGCAUCAGGAUGUGAGUUUUUAAAGCAUGUCUUUAUUUUAAUGUUAUUUCUAAUAUUCACUGUUGGUUUCCUCUUUUUAUUCUGUUUGUGGUUUCUUCUGAAUCUAUGGAGCCUCAAAACUGACAACAUGUAGUUAAACAUCAAAAGAUCUAACUUUUAAUAAAUCAGUAAAUUAUUUUAUUUUUAUUUAUUUAUUGGCACAAGCAACAAUGCGGACUUCAAAAAAACACUUCAGCACAAAUAAUAUGCUAAUAGGAAUUAAAACGUGAAUAUAUAAAGAGAUUAAUUGUGAAACUAUAAAUCUGCCUCCUGACCUUCGGUUAGUCGUCAGCUGACCCCUGCAGGCCACCGUACGUUUGUCAGAGUAAAGAACAACAAUCAGACUGAAGGGUGGAAACAUAAAAUGAGAGAAACAAGAGUAAGAAAUAGUUUUAUGUGUAUGAUCAGAUUAUUUAAAAGAUAAGUUCUGGAUGUUAUAUUUUCUGCUCCUCUGAUAACUCGUCAGCUUCGUGGCUCCGUUUGUUUGAUGGAUUUCAAAACGUCUCAGGAAAGAUUUUGUAUUUUGUUUUUAGGCCAAAAACUCUUCUUUUCUCCGACGUUCGCUGCUUUUGUUUUUCUGCUGAAAUAACAAACGUCACUCGUUACCCAGCAGGCCGUUCUCCCCGCUGUUCAAAACCGUGACCAGGUUAAAUGUUCGGGCGAGUUAUAACGAAACAAUCGGCUGAUUUUAAUCGGUGAAGUCUCGGCGUCGUCUCUGUCCCGCAGCAGUUUCACUGAAGGAUGAGACGAUGUGACGCAACGUUUGUCCAAGCGAGACGUCGGGAGAAUCCAGAAUCAGAACAUCUGAAACAGAGAGACGUUCAGGGACCUGGUUUUCUAAACGCUGAACGUCCUCGGGCUGGUUCCGGUCCGCUGCCUCCUCCUCUGUCAGUGUUUCAGUGGCAGCAGCUGGCGACACUCAGCCGGUUUCUUUAUUUGAUAUUUGAGUCUGAUCGACGGUCAGACAAGUUCAAAGCUGCACACUUUGUAAAUAUGAAUGUUGUUUCAGAUUGUGAUUUUAGCAUGAGUUUGUUUUUUAUGGACACAGAAUCCUUUAUAAUGUUAAUAUGACAAAUAGAUUUACGUUGUUUAUUUUAUAUGAUGAUGAUGAUGUACAAAUGAAAAACAAUCUGGGUUUAUUAAUUUAUGUGGAAAACUCAGAACACUAACUUCCUGUGGAGGAAGGGGUGUGUGUGUGUGUGUGUGUGUGCGUGCGUGCGUGCGUGCGUGCGUGCGUGCGUGCGUGUGUGUGUGUGUGUGUGUGUGUUAGAUACCUCAGACAUCCCUGCUGGUGCUCACCUCUCAUCACGACAUCAUCACGACAUCAUCGUCCUCCUCCGGCGUCGAUCAGGGCGGCGACACCCUCUCGGCUCCUCCCCCUCUCCUGUUUGUUUUAUUUAAAUAUUUGAUGUGAACGAGAGAAAAAAACAGUUUUCUUCUUUUUUUUGUCAAAAGUCGACAGAAGCUCAUUGAAACAGAAACAAUUGGAGGUUUUUAUUAGUAAGAAUUUUCUGCUCUCUGGUCACUUUAACGCCCUUCUUUAAGAAAACGUCAUUUUGUGUGAAUAAAUCAAACGUGAAUGUUGAAGACUCGCAGCAUCAGAACACUUUAUCAUUAUUAUUAUUAUUAUUAUUAUUAUUGUUAUUAUUAUCAUUAUUCCUGAACUGAUUCUAAUGUGACGUUCUGAGCUCAGAGUCGAGCAUCAGCCUGAGAAUCUGCUGAUGUUAAAUUUAUUCCUGACUUCAUCCUCGACCAGUGGAACAGCUCAGUGAUCCAGUUUGGAUCAGCUGGUACCAGUAAAACCAGUCGAGUGUUUUUAUGACUGAUGUGAAAAUAAAACCAGAUUAGAGAUAAAACUGUUUCCUUUUAAAGACGUUAAAGUUCAAACUGGAUGAAUUGUUCCUCCUGAGGUCUGCUGAGUUAUCAAUCAAUCAAUCAAUAAUGAAUCAAUAAACACAGCAGAUGUGUUUAAAGUUGGUUUUGAUGUUUUCCUCUCCCUGGUCUUUAUGUUUUAUAUGAAACAUGAACACAUUAAUGUUUGAAUUCUCUCCCUGAAUAUUUUCACCCUGCAGCUCACCAACACGACGGUGCGUUCACUGACUGUCGGCAGUUUUAGUUCUGUGUAUUUAAACGGUUUGAGGGCUUCUGUUGGAGGUGAUUGUUGAAUAUUGUACAGAAGAAAAUGUUGUUUCCCCUGAAAUAAAGUACAGUGACUGCUCUGCA